ACAUAGAGGGUGAGAAAGAAGCAGACGGAAAAGGGGGUGGCUGAGAGAGAGAGACAGAGGGAUCAGAGCAUAAUCUGGCUUGGUUCCGUUCAGAGUGUCUGCAGUGCUGUGAAAUAAUGUGAUAGAGGAGCAAGAGAAGAAGUAUUUUUGCCCAUAUUACGACACUUCGGCCAGGAGGAAACAACUGUUUUCACCAGUUAAGGAAUACAAGACUUUUCAGAUGGAAUCAGCUGCUUCUCUUCUGCCUUCCUGUCUUAUUUUUUGCUGAGGACAUCAACUUAAAAAAUACCCAGAGAUUUUUCUGAGGACUGUCAUUCUGGUCCCUACUGACACAUCACACAGGACACUGGAGAGAUUUGGGAUUUGUGGGGGCAAACAAUAAAACUAAAGGGAAAAACAGAAAAGCUGUGAUAGACGGCCAUGUCCAAUGAAUUACUGAGAGUUUCAUUUGAAUAUUGUUUCAUUUUGAGAUCAGUCUGCUGGGUUUAUUGCUGCCUUGGUGCAUGCUGAUACUGCCAGCUAAAACUGUAAACAAGUUAAAGUUAUAACAGGUUUUUUUCUCUCCUACAAUUUUAAUCUAACCCUCUCUGAACUCUGAGAGAAACCUGGAAAAUUUCCAGAAGGGAAAGUUCCUUAACAUAGUAUGUGUAUAUAUGCUUCACACUGUCCACAGUGACACUUCUCAUAAUAGAAUAAAUUAGAGAUAUUCAACUAAACAUCCCUGGUUCAGUCAUGCAUCCCAGGCCAGUCUACACUGAUCUCCAGAUACUGCUGGGUGUGCUCCUGUUGUGGGGACCUUUGGGGUCCAGGGGCCAGAAUGACACAGAGCCCAUCAUCCUUGAGGGAAAAUGCUUGGUCGUAUGUGACUCCACUCCUUCAUCUGAGCCUGCCAGCAACGCCCUUGGCAUGUCCGUCCGGUCCGGCUCAGGGAGAGUGGCCUUCUCUGCCAGCCGCCAGACCAACCACGAACCUACAGACAUGAGCAACCGCACCAUGAUCAUCUACUUUGAUAAUAUUUUGGUGAAUGUGGGCACUCAUUUUGAUCAAGAGAGCAGUGUCUUCCUGGCACCAAGACGAGGGGUGUAUAGCUUCAACUUCCAUGUUGUAAAGGCCUACAAUAGACAAACUAUUCAGGUCAGCCUGAUGGUGAAUGGUUGGCCAAUGAUUUCAGCUUUCGCUGGGGACCAGGAUGUGACCAGAGAAGCUGCCACCAAUGCCGGCCUGGUGAUUAUGGAGAAGGGGGACAAGGCCUACCUCAGACUAGAGCGAGGCAACCUGAUGGGAGGCUGGAAAUAUUCCACCUUCUCUGGCUUCCUGGUUUUCCCCUUAUGAGAGGGGUGGAUGGAGAGCAGGAUAAAGUGAUGUAAGGUUGACAGGAGGAAAACUGACUGGAGUAGGAGUGAGGGAAAUAAGAGAAA